GUCCUGCUGCUGAACGCCCACAUAGGCUCUGCCUAUAUCCUCUCCUGCUACUUCACCAACUGGGCCCAGUACAGGCCUGGCCUGGGCAAGUACACCCCUGAGAAUGUGGACCCCUGCCUGUGCAACCACCUGAUCUAUGCCUUCGCUGGGAUGGCCAACAACGAGAUCACCACCUACGAGUGGAACGAUGAGACCCUCUACAAGUCCUUCAACGGCCUGAAGAACCAGAACAAGAACCUGAAGACCCUCCUGGCCAUCGGGGGAUGGAACUUCGGGACAGAGAAGUUCUCCACCAUGGUCUCCACCCCCCAGAACCGUCAGACCUUCAUCAAGUCUGUCAUCAGGUUCCUGAGGCAGUACCAGUUUGAUGGGCUGGACCUCGACUGGGAGUACCCUGGCUCCAGGGGCAGCCCAGCCCAGGACAAGGCUCUCUUCACCGUGCUGGUGAAGGAAAUGGUGGCAGCCUUUGAGCAGGAAGCCAAAGAGGUCAACAAGCCCAGGCUCAUGGUCACAGCUGCCGUUGCUGCAGGGCUCUCCACCAUCCAGGCUGGCUACGAGAUUGCUGAGCUUGGCAAGUACCUGGACUACUUCCACGUCAUGACCUACGACUUCCACGGGGCCUGGGACUCCACCACAGGGGAGAACAGUCCUCUCUACAAGGGCCCAGCCGACACUGGGGACUUGGUCUACUUCAAUGUGGACUAUGCCAUGAACUACUGGAAGGACAACGGAGCCCCAGCCGAGAAGCUGCUCGUGGGCUUCCCGACCUAUGGCCACAACUUCGUCCUCCAGAACCCCUCCAACACUGCUGUUGGGGCUCCAGCAAGUGGGCCUGGCCCAGCUGGACCCUACACAAGGCAGUCUGGAUUCCUGGCUUACUAUGAGAUCUGCACCUUCCUGAGUGAAGGAGCCACCCAGGCUUGGGAUGCCCCCCAGGAUGUGCCCUAUGCCUACAAGGGCAACGAGUGGGUUGGCUAUGACAACAUCAAGAGCUUCAACAUCAAGGUGGACUGGCUGAAGAAGAACAAGUUUGGAGGUGCCAUGGUUUGGGCCCUUGACAUGGAUGACUUCACUGGCACCUUCUGCAAGGAGGGCAAAUAUCCUCUGAUCAACACCCUGAAGAAAGGUCUUGGUCUGGACAGUGGUGACUGUGUGCCUCCAGCUGAGCCCAUCCCCCCCAUCACCGAGGCUCCUCCUAGCCAAGGAGGUGGCUCUGGGGGCUCUGGGGGCUCUGGGGGCUCUGGGGGCAGUGGAUUCUGUGCUGGCAAGGCCAAUGGCCUCUAUGCAGACCCCCAGAACAAGAAGAACUUCUACAACUGUGUGAAUGGUGUCACCUACCUGGAGAGCUGCCAGGCUGGCCUGGUCUUUGAUGCCAGCUGCUCCUGCUGCAACUGGGCCUGAAGCUGCUGCAGCCAGCAGCCCCCCCUGCCCUUGCUGCAUGCAAUGACAACCACCCAAUAAAGUGCUC